AUGUCCAACGACGACGGCUGCGACGGCAGCGGCCCUUUCGAGUGCGGCGGCUUCUUCUACGACGUGAUCCCGUGGUGGCACCUCAUCAGCCCGCUGUUCCUCAUCUUCGUCGUCGGGCCGCUGCUCCGCUACGGGCUGUCGCAGCGCGGCGAGUGGAGCGGUUGGGCGUCGCUCGCGGGCCGCCACGCGUCGGCCUGGCCGGGCGACGCGGUGUCGCUGGGCACGGCCCAGUUCUGCCGCAUGCGGAGCCGCGGCUCCUGCCCGCAGAAGCUCGACAACGCGCUCCACGUCGGCGCGGCGCCGGGCGCGCUGUGCCUCGAGGUCAAGUGCUGCGCGGCGUUUUCGAAGAUGCCGCCGCUCGUCGUGCCCUGGCGGUCGAUCCGCGACGCCGGCGCGGUCUCGCAACCGUGCGUCGCCGCCGGCGAGCUCGUGCUCGACGAGGACGAGGACAUCGUCCUGACGUUCGACCUCUACGCCGCCAUUGCGCACACCUGCACGCGGCCCCUCCGGUACAGCCUGCCGUACUUGUCGCGCAGCCGGGUCCAGGGCGUGACGUCGUCGCCGCAGACGGCGCACACGACGGCGACGGGCAGCUUCCUCCUCCUCGGUGAGCUGCAGAUCUUCAGGCGCGUCGAGUUCCGCUAA